AUGGAUCGAAAGCCGUCACGCCGUUCGUACGGGCGAACCAACAUCAGGCACGAAAAAAGUUGUAAAGAAAAAUGUAAGGACUUCCUUAGACAAUUUAUCGCAUUCAUGUUUACCAACGUUGGCAUCAUUGGUUUGGUUGUUGCAUAUACAAUCGCAGGAGCUUUCAUGUUCAUAGCGAUCGAAGGAAAAGAAGGAGAAUUUCUUAUUGAAGACGUAAUUAGAUUAAGAAAUAAUACGGUUGAUGAAUUAUGGGACGUCACUUGCUGCAAAAUUAACGUUUUCAGUGAAGCGUCAUGGCGUAAUCACGUGUCAACGCAACUUAUUGAAUAUCAAAGAACUUUUGUUGAUGCCGUUCGAAACGGUUACGAUCCAAAACAUACGGAUUCUUGGAGUUUUUCCGGUGCUUUUUUAUAUAGUUUAACCGUUAUAACAACAAUCGGAUAUGGUAACGUAGCACCUAGAACGGAAUGGGGAAAGUUGGCAACAAUUGUUUACGCCAUAGUCGGAAUGCCAUUGUUUCUUCUUUAUCUAUCCAAUAUCGGUGACAUACUUGCGAAAAGUUUUAAAUGGAGUUAUACGAAAGUUUGCUUGUGUAAGGGAUGUCCAGGUACGGAAAGUUUUAGAAGGAGAAAAAGAAUGAAACAAAAUAUAAAAAUGUCGAAAAUGAUAAAAAGUCAAAAAGAUUUUUCACGUCGUCGUAAUCGUAAAACCUCCUGGCAGCCGAACGUGCACGACGAUAGUAGAAACGAAAAACGAAAAAAAAUCGAUGAUGAAGAAGAUGAUAGCGAUGACGAAAGUAGCAGCAGUAAUAGUAGUAGUGGCAGUAGUAGUGGUGGCAACACCAGCGAUACGAAUAAAGAAACCGAAAUUAGCCAAUCUAGUUUAAGUAUAGAUGAUUACGAUCCGCAAACAGUAACGGUACCCAUAACCUUAUGUUUGGCCAUAAUGGUCGGGUACGUGUGCGGCGGAGCUUUACUGUUUGCCAGAUGGGAAAAUUGGGGUUUCCUCGACGGUUCUUAUUUUUGUUUCAUAUCUCUUUCCACCAUCGGUUUUGGUGACAUAGUACCCGGUGAUUCGAUAAUACAAAGUCAAGUUAUACAAAUAAGUUUCAUAUUGACGGCCGUUUAUUUAAUGUUGGGCAUGGCAUUGAUAGCAAUGUGUUUUAAUUUAAUGCAAGAAGAAGUUAUACACAAAACUAGAUCUUGUAUAAAAUGUUGUCAAAAUGUUUUUUAUUGUUGUUUCGGUAAAAAUAAAAACCAAUCAGGACUGUAA